AUUCAGCGUUUAUAUUUUUAUUUAGUGCCGUUAAGUGAUAUUUAAUUAGUCGAAAAUGUCUGUUUAUUCGGCUUUGCAAUUGUUGAAAUAUACACAUGCUGUUGUUUGUAGAAUACCCACAUCAUUAGAAACUAAGUCUAAAAUAAAUAUUGAAGAAGCCAGAAAACAACACGAAGCUUUUGUAAAACUUUUACGUGAAUUAUAUUUAGAUGUUAUUGAGCUUCCUGCAGAUGAAUCUUUACCAGAAUGUGGCUUUGUUGAAGAUACAGCAAUUGUUUGCAAUGGAAUUGCUCUCAUGACCAAACCAGAUUCAGCAGUUAGACAAAAAGAGGUUGAAAUUAUUAAACAUGUUUUAAAGAAGGAGAUAGGUUUAACUGUAAUGGAUAUAGAUGUGCCAAAUGCUAAACUUCAUGGUGGAGAUGUAUUAUUUACUGGACGUGAAUUUUUUAUUGGUUUAUCAACUUCAACUAAUGAAGCAGGUGCUAUGGCUGUUGCAGAAGCUUUUCCAGAAUUUCCAUGUACAAUUGUGAAGGUUCCAGAUGGAACUAGAUUGAAACACCAUAUUACAUUGGCUGGUCCUGAUUUACUCUCUGUGGGUUCUGGUGACGCAGCUCGUGAAGUUUUACAUAGAGUUCAACGAGAAGCUUCCUUUCAAGAAUAUAUGAAAAUUACUGUACCUGAAGAUUGUGCUGCUAAUGUCCUCUAUAUAAAUGGAACGAUUGUUCAUAGAUCAGAAAACGAGGCACCUCAAUCAUAUCAGCUGUUUUGUGAUAAGAUUGACUAUCAUAGAAGAUCAUUAUCAGUGUCCGAGUUGUCAGCAGCUUCUUGUGGACUUACAUCUUGUUGUUUACUUGUAAGAAAGACAAGACAUAUAUAAUUCUAUUUUGUAGUGUAAAGAAUACUUCCUAGAUAUGAGAAGAAUUUGGUAAGUGCAUUUGACAAAUAUUUUAUGUGCGUUUUAAU